AUGGAAGUGAAUAAAAAUAAUAAAAUUACAAAAAGUGCUUUAGGCAGUCUACUGGCUGCAAAUUCCACAAAAAUUCCAAAUUUAGUUCCUCCAGUUCUACAUGAAGUUGGGAAAUUGGCCGCUGGUGUCGCCGCGGUUAGUACAGCAAAGGGAUCUGCAACAGUCGCGUCUCGACGCUUCUGCCAACGCGACGACGCUUUCGGGUGGCACAGUCGCGACGCCGACGUCUACUAUCACGCGUUCCGAAUACCAACAUCAAGAAACAACUAUGCUAAGUUCGGUUUCGAUAUAUUCACCGCCGAUAAAAUGUUAACUUUAGUGGAACUAUUUGAGCUAUUUUGA